UGGUUUAACAUUAUUCAUUAUUCCCAAGCUAGCAGCCCAAUCUGCUUGUCAGUGAGCCUCCAGAUACACUCUAUAGUUUAGAAAGCUAACAGCCCCUGGUCUGCAGACUGUGUUUCUUAGACUAUGCAGAAGGGAAAGGGGGGAAUAGAGAAGUCGUAUCAGCAAAAACAGUCUGUGCAAGAGGCUAACUACUCUGCUUUUAUGGGAAAGCAGUGAACUCCUAAUUGUCAGAGCAGGGACGUGUGUUCCAGAAGGAAAUCCUCAGAAAACAUACUUACUACAUGACAGAGUGACAGGCCACAUGGCAGUUUCAGGAAUUAAACCCUCAAUGAAGCUGAAGCCCUUGAAAGCACCUGCCCUUCAGAGGAGAGAUAAAGAUUUUCGAGAAUCUUUGUCAGGCCAUUUACAACACAAAGAAACGAAGCUGAGCCCGGCACAACUGGAAGCCUUCCACAAUGCUUACAACUUCUUCACCAAGGAUAGAACUGGCUGUAUUGAUUCACACGGAUUGAUGAGCACAUUAGCAAAACUGGGAAUGAAUCUAAACACAUAUGAUAUCUACAAUGAAUUAAAAUGUGCUGAUCUUGACAGGGACGGUAAGAUCAACUUCUCAGAUUUUAUAAAUGUGCUGACAGAUAAGAAACUCUUCCUCAAGGCUGUGGUUCCGGAAAAGAAAAUAUGCUUAGAUUUAGCUAACAACCCAGGAAUCUUAUUGUUUGAAAUCCUAUCAAAAUUUGUAGAGACCUCAGCCCUACACAGAAAGGAUAUAAUAGAGCUAGUGAGCUAUUUCCGAAAAAAGUUCCAGGAGAGCAACUCAGAACUACUGUGGAAUUCGUAUGGGAGAAGGGGCUUGAAGACAGAGAUCUGCUCUCCCCCUCGCUCAAGUACCGCGGCCUUUGCCAACUCUGCCAGGAUCUCCAUAAUGAAAGAAAGGGAUUUGUAUAAGUUUCUUGAAGCGCUCAAACGGUGUAAUCUCCGUACAGAUAGCCCAUACUCAAAAAUACCCGUGUUUCCAUUGUUUCCUGAUGUGGAUGGUGUGGUGAUGGGAAAACCGUUCAAAGACACACAGAAAUUAGAAAUGCUAAGGAGAAAAGAGCCUCUGUCUUUCUUUGAGGACUAUUUUUUCAAUAAAAAAGAUUGGAAAGCACAGGCCGCGAAUGUGAAACCUCUCAAGUCUGCCUCAGGCUAUUCGGAUGACAUCUUAGCCAUUGACCACCUAUUCAAGAAGAAGCAACAUUGGACUGUGUCUGAUGCGGCUGCUCUCAAACAGCAUGUAAAGAGGGCCACAGAUAGUUAUCACUUAGGAAUCGCCCUUGACCACCGGAAAGAAAUGCUAAACCUCUGGAAGAAGAUCCGGGGGGAUCUGAUUGGGAUCGAAAGCAACAAUGAAUCCUUUUACAACACCUUUUCCACCUACACCUGGUCCUGGAACGUCUGCCAGGAGCUGCUGUCCGCUAAGGACUUGCGGUUGCAUGACGCCAGCAUGAACAAGACCUCCCCCUCCAACUCUGGAUUUUCUUCGCCGUCAGACCUCAGUGAGACUGACCUGGAGACAGGAAGGAAGAGGAAACGGAAAAGUUUCAGAGGGUUUCGGCAAUGAAAAGCCUACGUUUUCUAAACAACUCUUCGAACACUGCUUUCCAUAGUAAUCAAAAUUAUGGUUUCUUGCUCUUAUCCACUACAUUCUUGGCAGGUGGAAAUGUUGACAUCUUUUGGAUUCCGACCAGUAAAAACCUUUAAAUC